UCUCUCCUUGGCCGCAGUAGCAGCCAUGAGUAGCGGCAGCGGUAGCAGCCUCAACUCCUCCUCCCCCCUCGACCCCUUUGACUCCUCCACCUCCUGGAGCCUAGGCGAGGACCCCUCCAACUCCUCCUCUGAACCUGUUGUGCGAACUCUGACCCCCGACCUCCAGCCGGCGACCACCGCUGUUGCUGUCCAGGAAGUCAGCCCCUGGGAUAUCGCGCUUUGUGUGACCGGGACGCUCAUCUCCUGCGAGAAUGCGCUGGUGAUCGCCGUGCUGUUCUACACACCGACGCUCCGCGCUCCGAUGUUCAUCUUGAUUGGAUCGCUAGCGGUGGCGGAUCUUCUGGCCGGCCUGGGCCUCAUCUUGAACUUUGUCUUCACGUAUUUGGUUGACAGCUCGGUGGAGUUUGUGACGCUGCUGUCAGUCGGACUGCUCAUCUCGGCCUUCUCAGCGUCUGUCCUGAACAUUCUCGCCAUCACAGUGGACCGUUACCUGUCCCUGUACAACGCCCUGACCUACCAUACCGAACGGACAGUCACCUUCACCUACGUGAUGGUGGUUUUUAUCUGGGUGUCGUGCCUCACGCUUGGCAUGCUCCCGGCGCUUGGCUGGAACUGUCUGAGGGACGAGUCUACAUGCAGCAUCUGCCGGCCUGUCACCAAAAACAACGCUGUGGCGCUCGCUGUCACCUUCCUGCUUGUCUUCGCCCUGAUGAUGCAGCUCUACCUGCAAAUCUGCAAGAUCGCCUUCCGCCACGCGCAGCAGAUUGCCGUGCAGCACCAGUUUGUGGCCAUCUCCACCACCAAAGGUGUCUCCACACUGUCGGCCAUCCUGUGUGCCUUCGGGGCGUGCUGGCUGCCGUUUGCCAUGUACUCCAUUGUGGCCGACUCCAGCUACCCCGUAAUAUACACCUACGCCACAGUCCUCCCAGCCACCUGUUGUUCUGUGAUCAACCCCAUCAUCUAUGCGUUCCGAAACCCGGACAUCCAGAAGUCGCUGUGGUUGGCCUGUUGUGGGUGCGUCCCGUCCAACCUCUCCCUCAGACCCAGAACCUCCAGUGAUGUGUAGCAGGGAGGGUUGGUUUCUGUCUGGCAUGACGCUUGACGCCGAGUCAGGGUUGUAGGAAGGAGAGGAAAUGGGAACAAGAGAUUGAGAGGAGAAAGGUUGAAGGUUAUGGCUGAGGAAAGAGAUUUCCUCAACUCUUCAUGUCAGGGCUGGUAAAAGUGGCACUGGCACAGGGAGAAGGGAAGAAUGUGUAUGGUUCCAAAAAAAAAAUAAGAUAGAGCUAAUAAAGAUCAUGUCUUGUCUGUGGCUUGGAGAAUACCAACAGGGUGGUGAAGGUGGCGUGAAACCAACUGCAAAAACCUGAUUAUGGUGGUUGUGGGAGUGGCAGGGAAUGUGUCACAGGACUCAAAUGACCUUCUUUAGGUUGUAAAAAGUGAGGCCUGCUUCUCAAGAGUAGCAUGUAUGUGGGAUUUAGGAAGAAAUGUCCUAAGUCUCCAUAGGACCUGAGCUUAGGCUGCACUGCAAGGUUAUGCAAUCAGAAGGAGGGAAACAGUCUUAAAAGACUGUUUGUGUUUUCACUGAUGUGUUGGCGUGUGCAUAAAAAUACAAUGAGCUAAAUAUACACAAUGAAUGACCUUGAGUAUUCUCAAUGAGCUAUCUUUGCCGUCUUCACUUGACGGGAAAACGAGAAUAUUUCCUCCCUUGAAGCAUAUUUUAACAAUGAUGUUCCCUUGAUCUGAUGUAGAUGGAGUAAUUAAUGAGUGUGUAGACAGAGAGUGCAACAAUAACUAACUCGUAUGUGCUGAGAUUGGAAUUAGCUGGCUUCCAUGAUCAUUAACGUUGCUAGUCUACCAAGCCUGUUUUUUACUUUUCGCAACGUCAACAGCACAAUCUGCUUUUUGUCAAACACAAAAACACAUUGUCUCAUGAAGCUUGCGAAAAAAAAAUGUCUGACAAAACAUCCCUCCUCAAACGUUCAACUCCAAAAUGAAACCUGAUCCACCAGGCUUCUCUUGCAUAGAUUACCCUGGUAGUUUGCAAAACCUAGAGAAGGAUUUCCAUAUUUAGGCCGGUGUGUGUUAUCCUUAGUGUGAUGAAAUCAAAUCUGCUCCUGGUCAGAGAAAAAACAAAACGGGCUUCUCAGCCAGCUGCUCCGCCGUGACUGUGAAGCAGAGAGAGCUGAAUUCAGCACCAAGGACAGCGCCACUGCAGAGCGCUGCUACCCUGGGAAUGCUCUCUGCUGCGGGGGGGAGAGCGCUGUAAAGUAGGCUAUGCUGUUCUCUACACCAUCUUGAUGGGGAAUGUGAGACGAGCUUUAAAGGGCCAUUCCAGCUUGAUUGGAGUUUGUUUCGCCCAUUUGCAACCCGUUCCGUGUUUUGGAAUGGGACUGUUUCCUCAUGCUUACAUGGCGGCUAAAUGUAUUUUAAAAUCCUUUUUGCUGUAACUUUCAGGGUUAUUCGCCUGAUUAAGUCCUGAAAAGACAAACAAACACAACAUUAAUGAUAUGUCAAAUUUGGUAAAAGCGGUAAAAGCUGCACAUUUUGAAAUCACGUCCAGUUUCUAAUGUAGCUAAUGUCAAACAAAAUUUAAGACAAAACAUAAAAUGCUUUCACCAGCUAUCAUAUGUGAAAGUUAAUGGUAAGGCUUGAUUUUACACGUUCAUGACUUUAAUUUGCUGAAUUCUUCUCGAAGUGACUCAUAUUUUCACCGUUGUUUAAAGACAUAGACUAUAGACAGCAAAAUCAUUCUCCAGUGAAGUAAAAAAGCAAGGGACUCCAAUGACGCUCAAAUUGUCCUGAAAUACCCACUUGAGCUACCUAUAGUGCGACUUUGAUCCUGUCCUUUCCAUCCUCUGUCAUUUCCUCGCCUCUCUUGUAUCUCAGCAGCAGAAACGACGCGUGAGAAGAGCAAUGUAAGGCAAGGCUUCUUACACAGGCAAGGUGAAAGCAGCUGGUGUUUUUUCAGCGGCAAAGGGGACCUUAAUGUUUAUCUGCGUUCCCAUAAUGCCGUUUAGGAUCUAAAUUUAGAGACAGCAUUGUAACUCCAUUGCCCGAUUGAUUAUCAGUUAGCUAGAGCCGAGCACAAUCCAUAUUGAAUGGGUAAUUGUUCAUUAAGAUGGCUACAGUACAUCCAAUGUGUGCUUGGAAAUUGCCAUAGUUAUGCAAAAGACUACAACAACAACAAAAACUAGACUGGCUUUUGCUUUAUUGCUAUGGCAUAAAAAACAUUUUUAGGCUUAUAAAUCAUGAGCAUCAUAUGGUCUAAACUCCUCUGGCCUGUUCUCUUCGCCUUCCAUUUUCACUUCCCUGCUUGCAGCCUGUCAGCAGUAGCUGGAAAUUCGCUGCACGCACGCACACACACACACACACACACACACACACACCUAUACAUAUAGCAGCGCAGCUCUGCCCCGGGCCCCUCUGAAGGCUCAGCGGGUUAAUGAGAAGCGAGAGAGGCGAGGUGACGUGGCGUGAAAUAGAAACGGCAGGCGAGACGCGCUUUAACGCAACCUCAGGUCACGUCCACCACGCACCCAAUCAGGAUGAAGUUAUUUCCCACUGAAAGUGCAUCAUGCAAGUUAAAUCCAGCUAAUGUUAAUAACACCUUGGUAAUAAUGGUGUCGGCAAUUGACCUAAUGUACAGAUGAUGUAGUGAACACUGUGGGGACGAGCCGGAGAGGAGAUUUAUUACCAACCUCUAUCUGCAUUUAAUAAAUCUACAGAGAUAGCUUUCACUCUGGUUUUCCUCUGCACAACCCCAGAGAGGGCUACCAUGACUAAGAUAUUGGCAUGCUGCUAAUAUACUUGUGUGGGAGGCGUACUGGCUUUGGGAAAAUAGUUCAUGGAAACUGUAUGGGCUGCACAAAAAAACCCUGUGAAACUAAGACACUCAACUUGAUACUAGAAAGAAAAAUACAGGUUGUUUCUGUAACGACAGGGAGCCACUUCCAAAUUCAACGCUUUCUACCAAAUAUACCACGAUAGAUGACAGUAUAGAAUACAUACACACAGAAACUUUGAAAAUGGCGCUCAGGAGAUGCAGGUAUUAUGAUCAUCUUUUUUUUCUAUUUUAAAACUUACAAUAUAAGUGUUUUCUAUUUUUCUUGGCAGCAACAAACAAUCAGUUGUUUUUGCAGCAGUUGUUAGCAGAACAGCUGCACUACUCUGUCAAUGAUUUUGUUUGAAAAGGCAGAAUCUCUCGUGUCUUCUGUUGGUUUUUUUUGUUGUUGUUUUUUUGGCCUUAUUGGAACAAAAACUCCUUUGCAAUAAUGUCUAACUGUAUUUUGCUGUGUACAAAAAGCCACAAUGGAGAAAAAGAGAGAAAGAUAGACAGAGGUGGUGGACUCUGAAUGAUUUGCAGAAACUUAAACUAAAUAUUUCAAAGCAACAAAUAGCACAUUGUAGUGUAUGUGAAGGAAAUAUGGCCUGGCUGGCAUGGGUUUUCCAAAACACAUUUCAGCAGUCGUGAAUUAUGGAAGUAGGACAAACCUAAAUAUGAAGCAAAUGCUCUAAUUCCAUUUAUAGAUGCUGUUUUGCAGACCGAGAUCUUGCAAUAUUAUUAACAGUUUUUACCUCUCUAAAAUUAGCUUUAUUUUCAUGUUGGGAGCCAUUUCAUGAGUGUUAGAUGGCUCGUUUUAUAAUCUGAAAGUGAAUAAACAAUGUUUACGUGAAGGUUAAGGGGUCACAACAACUCGACCGCUUCCCUCACUUUCUUUCUCUUUUUGCUCAGUCACUGCAUUAAUGGAACCGACUGAUGGUAAAAGACUUGCAUCAAUUAUUAAGUGAAAUACUUUCAAUUACUCUGAAGCUGGAAGCAUGAGAAUGGAAGGAGUUUGGUACUUUUGGCAAGUUUGGUGAACUGCAGCACUGUGGGGGGUGACUCAAAACCAAUCAAUCCCAGAGAGUUAAUUAGAUCAGUUUCACAUCUGAUGCAGAUCCUGUUGGCACACAGUUCUCCUGUAUGCACAAUAAUGUGUGAGACUCGCUUUGUCGCUUGUGUUUGGAGAUGCUAGAUGGGACAUAGAACAAUUACAUUUAGUGAGGUUACUGUCAAAUCUGUUCAUAGCCGACCAUAGCUGCCAACAGCCUACAUAAUUUGAAUUUGGUACAAACACUAAUGCUGACAUACCGGAUGCAGCUUUGAAGCUGUCACUCUGUUUUACAGAUGUAUCAAACUCGAGAUUAAGAUCAAGACUCAGACUUGGUUAAAUAGAAGUAAUUAAAUCAUCACUUUUUUUUUUUUUGGCUUCAAGCUCAAUGUUAGUGAUAAUUGGCAUGUGAAUAUGUGCCGCUGACCAAUAGCAAGCUGUUUAACAGUUCUGAUGCAAAGCCAGAGUCUCAAAUGGAGCAAGUGCUACAUCAGCUGUGCUGCACCAUUAACUUUUAUUCAACCCUCCUCUGUUGGAGUAUAAACUGACCAGACUGUCCUCACCAGAUAAACAACAAUUUAGGUUGUCUGUGGAGCACGUUAUUACGACCCAUAUUAACGUUUAUUGUGGCAGUGACCUCUAGUGGCUGUACUACAGUAGCAAAGGAUAAGUCGGGUGACAUAAAUAAGCAGAAAGUCUGCAUUAGGAGGCAGGAUGGGGUGGUCCGAUGGGUCAAACUCCAGACUUUCACUCAGUGGAAUGGUGUUCGAGUCCUAUGUGAAAACAAGCAAAAGUUCAGUUAUUUUAAGUUUUAAGUUAAAUAGCGUUACUGACUUCCAUUACGUAUCUUAAGUAAUUUACUCACUUUAACCCACACCACAACAUUUUUCUGAACCUAACCAAGUAGUUUUUGUUGCCUAAACCUAACCAAACGGCGACCAUUUCACAACAUUAACCUCAUGUUUAAUGUCACGGGACUUGCGCAACAUAGUUAAUGCUCAUACGUGUCGUUUUUUCAGAGACACAAAUAAACGACCUAUGUUGUCGUUUAGGUUGGAGGACUUUUUUAAACUGACAAUUAGCAAGCUCGCUAAAGAUUUUUCUCCCUUCUACAAUAACUCUUUAUUGAAUCGAAUGAUCCAUUCACACACCAGAGAAGAAAAUGUCAGGAAAGUACCGACUAGUGCUGGCAUGUGCCUGGAUGGCUAGCGUGUUAGCAGUUAGCAUGCCAUUUACAGUAGUUUGCAACUAGCCCUGCAAGUAGCCACUAAGUCACCAAGUUUUUAGAACCACAUACUUUCUGGUGUGAAGUCAGUUUCUGAUUUUGUUUUUGUGAUCAGUGGAUAAUGUUCCUCGGUGGGUUGAGACAAUGUCAUGAUCUUCAUUUAAAAACCUGCUGUGCAUAAACUUGAGAAUAAAUGUUGGUCAAGUUUUUAGCCAUUUUUGGAAAUAAAAGGAUGCUACUUUAACAUUUUCUGUUGCCCUUUGGCAGUAAAAUGUCAACUACACGGUAUUUUCCAGGGUAAAAUACACUCUGUUUGAUCCAAGUCUGGAGGGAAUCAUUAACCCCAAAGUACAAAUCAGCCGUUUCAUGAGUGCGCGAUGUUAAAUCCAGCAUAGCUCAGCUGGAACCACAGUGACUGAACAGCUGAUAUGAAGACAGCAUUAACUCUAGCAGCGUCACACAGCUGUAUUUUAAACAUUACCUCUGACGGUCCCAUCUGGCAUGUCCAUCUAGUGAACAAUUAAUAAUGCUCAUCUGUGAAUAUGCCACUACUCAGUCAACCGUUCCUGGGGCAGGAGUGGAGUGACCACUCACUGUGUGUGUGUGUGUGUGUGUGUGUGUGUGUUUGUGUUCUCUCCCCUGGGAUCAUAGCCAAUUGUAAUGAACCAUAACUCAACCAACUCUCACUGUAAACACAAACACACGCAGAGUGGUUUUGUCUGCUGCGACUAUAAUUCAGUUUAAAAAAAGAAAAGAAAUACUGUACAAGUGA